AUGUACUUGUCCAGAUUAAGACAGGCUCCAGUCACUGUAAAAUUUGUGACCAACACCACAAAGGAAUGUAAGAGGAUCCUGUUUGAGCGACUGCGUCGGUUAAACUUUGACCUCCAGGAGCAGGAGAUCUUCACAUCACUCACUGCGGCCCGUAAUCUACUGGAGCAGAAAGCAGUGCGCCCCCUACUGCUGGUGGAGGAUAGUGCUCUAGAGGACUUCACAGGUUUGGAAACUUCAGAUCCUAAUGCUGUUGUGAUUGGAUUAGCACCUGAGCACUUCAACUACCAGACACUCAAUAAAGCCUUCCGACUCAUUUUAGAUGGUGCCCCCCUCAUUGCCAUCCAUAAAGCACGAUACUAUAAAAGGAAGGACGGGUUGGCUUUGGGACCGGGUCCGUUUGUGACGGGUCUUGAGUACGCGACUGACACCCAGGCCACAGUGGUGGGUAAACCAGAGAAAGCCUUCUUCCUGGAGGCCUUACGAGACCUGAACUGCUCACCGGAGGAGGCUGUGAUGAUAGGAGAUGAUGCCAGAGAUGAUGUUGGUGGGGCACAGAAUGCAGGAAUGCUGGGAAUUUUAGUGAAAACUGGUAAAUACAGACCUGGUGAUGAUGGUAAAAUUAACCCGCCACCUCACCUGACGUGUGACAGCUUUCCAGAGGCUGUCAAUCAUAUACUUGAAAAUCUCUUAGGAUCUAAAUGACUGGAAAACUGUCAAAAAAGAAAAAAAGUAAUAUUGGUACUGUGUAGUUUGAUAAUUGUUUAACUGUUCCUUAUAAUGUCGCUGCACUUCCGAUGCAUUUAUUCUGAUGUACUUAAAAUAAA